ACCAGCCGCGCAGCUUGUAAGUCAGUCAGAAACGCGUUGAGUGCGACAGCGAACAGACGUGCCCAGUGUAUUAGAGAUCGUAUAUAUAAAUAUAUACACACUUCCACAGGUCCCCACACACACAUACAGAGCCCCCUUUUCAAGUUCUCUAGCUCGUGGAAUUGACACAUACACGCACACACACUCAACAACACAUAUACAAUUGUCCGCUUUUUUUCUUUGGUGCCACAAAAGACGAAAAAGUGCCGUGCUAAAGCAUAAAAUAAAAUAAAGAAAAAUAAAGUGAAAAUUAAGCAAAAAGCGAAAGAAAGAAAAAUAGCAAAUAUUAUAAGAAACAUGGCAAGUGUAGAGCAAAAAAACGCAACAGGCAACAGCAACGGCAACAACGGUACUAUAAAGACGAAUAGUACCGCAGUGGCUGAGCCUACUGAGCCGCCAAAGGAUGCUAAGGACCUGUUGCCGCAUUUGGAGUCGCUAGAGCGCAUCAUUAAGUUGCCUGUGGUGAAUGCAGCUUGGGAUAAAUCGCAAGAUGUCUAUGGAAAAGUGAAGGGCAAAAAUCGCGUCUUCAAUUGGGCCUUGAAUGCGGCCGAGGAUUGCGUUGCACGCGCUGUCACCACAGCCGCGCCCAUUGUGAAUCGCUUGGAUCGCCCCAUAGCCUAUGUGGAUCAGACGCUGGUCAAGGGCAUCGAGACGCUGGAGGUGAAGGCGCCCAUCAUUAAGGACACACCACAGGAGAUCUAUGCCCAGGCCAAGAACAAGGUCAUCGAUGUCGUUCAGCCCCAUCUGGAGCGCGUUGUUAAAUUCAAGGCCGCGGGCCAACAGAAGGCCGCUUCGCUCAAGGAUCUCGCCUGGCAGAAGGCCAACGAGGUGCUGGCCACCCAAUAUGGCAGCCUCGCCGUCAAUGGGGUAGACACGACUACAGCUCUGGCUGAGCGUCUCCUCGAAUACUAUUUCCCCAAAUGCGAAUCGGAUGUCGAGGAGGAUAAUGAUAAACAAAAAGCUGUCGUGCGAAAUGGCAAAACUGCUGAGAAUGACAUGCCAGUUCCCGCCAGCGAGGACCCCGUUUUACACACAGUCCAGACCGUCGGCCGCUUAUCCAAUAAGAUCUCGCGUCGCGUCUAUAGAAAUGUCUCCAGACAGAUCAAACAGGUCCAACAGGGCAACAUCAACGACUAUUUGAGCUCGCUGAUAGCCGCCUUGAAGUUGCAUCAAUACAUCAAUUUCAUUAACUCAUCGAUGGGCACAAAUGUGGAGCAGUCGACGCUUUCGAGCGACAACUGUACACCCUAUGGACCUAGUAGCAGCAACAGCAGCAGCAACAACACUAACAACAGCAACAGCGCCAACAAUGCCAAGAGCAAAGUUGCUGUUGCAACGCCAUCUAGCGUACAGUAGAAACAAGUGCAGCUGCCAAUGGGGUUUUUUUUGUCGGUUUGCUCCGAUUUGAAUCAGGUUUUUUUGCUAAUCAGAAGAAAAAACAAAUCUUAACGACCAACCACCCUAUUAUACGCUUCUCAUUUUCUUAUGUAGUUUUAUAUUUUAUGCCUCUUUUCUUUGCAUAUUAACUAAUUUUUUUUUUAUUUUAAAAAGUGGC